AUCAGUAGUGGCGCACAAUAACCCUAGUUCCACAAACCGACAGCAAGUGCAGUAUACAUAGGCCUAUCGUACAGUAUUAUAUAGGCCUACUUACUUAGUAGGAACUUGGCUUAUUGGCCCUUGGAAAACGUGACAGCUACUGUAAAAUGAGCUGUUCAGAAACCGGGGUACAGCUGCUAGCUCGUCUUGGAAAUCGUCCAGAUAUUUCAAAAGUGGAACCAGUGUUGUUUCCUGAAGGGCUGAAAGGAAAAGAUGUAUUGGAGCUUUAUGGAAGUGAAGGCUGUGGUAAAACAGAAAUGCUUUUACAUAUAGCCUGCUCUUUAAUUCUUCCAAAGACAUGGAGAGGUUGGAACUUUGGUGGAUGUGGAGCAAGUUUAAUGUUUAUUGAUACUGACUAUAAGUUUUCAAUUCUUCGUCUUGUUACUUUAUUGGAAAAAAAAAUAACAGAUUUUCUAGAACAAAACCAUCAAGUGACUUUCACCGGAAAUCCGGUUACAACCUUCAAUCCUAACUCAAGAGAUGUAGAAAUUCUUAUAAAGGAAUCUUUGGAACGGUUGAAUGUUCUUCAGUGUAAAAGCAGCAUACAACUUCUUGCUACACUUCAUAGUCUUGAAAGUAGCAUUAGUACCAAUCUGGAUAUCUGUGUGAUUAUGAUUGACAGUAUUUCUGCGUUUUAUUGGUUGGACAGAUGUGCUGGAGGGGAAAGUGUGACCGCUCAAGAGCAUGUAAUGAAUCUUAUUGUCAACAUUCUCUCACGCCUUGUCAAUGACUAUAAUUUAGUGCUUUUUGCUACAAAAAGUGCAUAUUUCAAGCGAAAACUGAAAGAAUCAGAAAGGGGAGAUGAUAGCGCAUGUACUGUUGAAAUGGAUCAUUCAGAAUUUCUUUCUCGUAAUUGGUCUCGAUUUGUUAAAAACAGACUUGUACUAAAGAGAGACAGUAGCAAUGAUGUACAGUUUAGUAUAAAUUGUUCAUCUUGGCAGAAAAAAUUCACUGUAGCUGAAAGUGGAAUUUCAUUUAAGUAAAGAUUAUUCAUCAUUGUGAAA